UUCUCCCCUGCUACAUGGCGUCUGGUUGCGCCGUCGUUCGGGCGAGAGCAACUGGUACAUUUCUCGAGCGAGGAAACCUAGUCGAGGAUGACAGAAUGACAGACGUCUCGAGCCAGCGCUCGAGCUGUUCCCUUCCAUCCACAUCCCGAAGUACCUACCACUACAUACAUGCAUUACGGAUUUCCUUUUUCUUGUUGGUCGCCGCUGGUUUUGCAAAAUACCCUGUUCUGCGUCUGCCUACAGACCAUUUUCACGACCUCAUGCGAGGAGGGUGAUCCCUCCGUCCAGUCAGCUUACAUGCCUCUAAGCCUCUUGACGUCAAAACGCGCCGCGGAUCCUCUCCCCCCCACGGCACAUCAUCUCUCCCGUCGUUGCUGUCAACUUACCCUGCCCAUCAUCGUGACCAAAGUACCAUGGUUCGUAUCGGAGCCUCAUCGGGUGCUAUUCCUCGUGCCCGCCAAGGCUCUAUGGCGGGCCUAGGGCUGAGCGGCCAGUCCGUCGUAAGGACGAGGGCACGCGAAGGACGAGGGGCAAGCAAGUCCUACUGCUUCUGCGCGAUGCGAAAGGCGGGAUGGAUGGGGCACCGU